AUGAAUGUGUAUAUCUAUAAUGGUCCUGGUACUAGUUCAGAGUCGGUUAGUCAAACAGUUACCAUCCUACGGCAUUUCUUAGAACCAUAUUAUGCGGUUUCUACGAUAUCCCCAAGGUCUCUUAGCAACGAGGCAUGGUAUUCAAAAACGUCAGCUCUGGUUUUUCCUGGUGGUGCAGACAUACCAUAUGUUAAGGCUUGCAAAUCUGCUACUGCAUUAAUCAAGAAGUUUGUGUCUAAGCAAGGCGGAAUAUAUAUUGGUAUCUGUGCUGGUAGUUAUUUUGGUAGUGGUCGUGUGGAAUUUGAUGUGGAUGGACCUUUGGGGGUUGUUGGGAAUAGAGAUCUGCAGUUCUUUCCAGGUAUUGCUAGGGGACCUGCAUUCAGGGGAUUUGAAUAUAAUUCUGAAGCAGGUGCUCGGGCCCCAAUUUUGAAGCCUUCUAAUGCUGAUGGAGAAGAGUUUGCUGUGUAUUUUAAUGGUGGGCCAGUCUUUGUUGAUGCACAUAAGUAUGCAAAUGUUGAAAUAUUGGCCGAAUAUCAAGAAGACUUGGAUGUUCCAUGUUCUGACGACAUCGAUUCUGCGCAAAUCCCUAGUGCAGCAUCAGUCAUACUAUGUAAGGUUGGAAAGGGUAAGGCACUAUUGUCAGGGGCUCAUUUUGAGUUCAAUCCUGGGCUAUUAAUGACAUCCCAGAGGAAAGAUGAUAAACGUAAAAUUAUUGAUACUUUGAAGGAGCAUGAAAAAGCUAGGUUGGCUUUCUUAAGAGAAAUUCUGAUUAAGGCUGGUUUACGUUUUAAUACUAGUAGGUUAUCUUCUCAAAUUCCAAGUUUAACGCCACUUGUCGCCUGCUCGGUGCAUAAUGGGCAACUACUUCAUCAAUUUGCUGAGUCCCUUAAGGGUGAGUCUACAAAAGAAGGUAAUAGAUUUGAAUUCAAAAGCAAUGCCGACACCUUUCAUCUGUACCAGGGGUUCUCGGCUUAUGAAUCUACUCGAGAUGAUUUAAGAGACAAGGACCUAAAUAUUGUCAUUAAGCCACUUCUUAUUGGUACAGAUCAUGACAUGUUGCCAUCACCUGCAUUAACACCUAACUUCGACAUAAAAAAGUAUUUCGACAAUCUGAAUGCUGAUACAUCACUAGGCUCCAUACUUCUUUAUGGAGAAGUUGUAACUUCCACGAGCACAUUAUUAGACUCGAACAAAACAUUACUUCAUAAGAUGCCGGAGAACUCCGUUUUAUUUGUUAGUACCUUGCAGGUUGCUGGAAGAGGGCGUGGAAAUAAUGUUUGGGUUAAUCCAAGAGGUGUUUCUGCCUCAACUGUUUGCAUUAACUUACCAGUUGUAUCUCCUAGGACUGGCGAUAAAAUUUCAAUUGCUUUUGUGCAAUACCUGUCCAUGCUCGCGUAUUGCGAAGCUAUCUUAUCAUAUGCUCCCGGUUUUGAGGAUAUUCCUAUAAGAAUUAAGUGGCCCAAUGAUAUGUACGCAUUAGACCCAGAAUAUUACCGCAGAAAUGAUAUCAAAUUGGUUGGUAAGGGCAUAAAGUCGAAUAUUAUACCUCUUUCUGAAGUUGAACGUGUGUACGUAAAAAUAUCGGGCAUGCUUGUAAAUUCCAACUUCAUAAACAACAAAUACUCUUUGCUGAUAGGUUGUGGUAUUAACUUAUUUAAUGAAGCUCCAACAACUUCAGUGAUGACUUGGGUGAACAUUUUGAAUAAGGAACGCGCUUUGGUUGACUUGGAUCCGUUGCCGAAGAUUGAAAUUGAAAGGUUAUUGGCUUUAUACAUGACGAAAUUGGGUAGUUUAAUUUCGGACUUUAUAAACUAUGGUCCCAAAUUAGCAUUGCCAAGAUAUUAUCGACUAUGGUUACAUUCUGGUCAAAUUGUUCACUUACAAGAUUACAACAAUACUAGAGCAAUGAUUACGGGAAUUACUUCUGACUAUGGAUUGCUUAUUGCUAGGGAAUUAAAACAAGGGAGCGAUAAUGAAUUUACAGGUUUAGAAUAUACCUUACAACCAGAUGGAAAUUCUUUCGAUAUAUUUAAGGGAUUGAUUUCCAAGAAGCUGACUUAG